CGUUGAACUUCACUCACCUGUGGUUCAACUUAAGCAUUGCCGGCAGAUAGAUUUAGUAUCAAAAAUAAUAUCGCGUUACCAGCGGCAAAUAUAAAACAGAAUUCAACCGUCUGCCACUAUGGUCGGUUCCAUUGAACUCCUAAUCAAUGGAUUUUUUUCCUGUUGGUCAGUUAUAAUCACAACGAUUGCCCUCGCGUACAUUUUCUUCGACGUUAAUUAUUUCAUUAGAUUAGGAGCCACAAUUUUAUGGGGUAGGCUUUUUCAAAAGAGGAGGAAUGUCGAAGAUACCACUGAAAUUUUAGGUAUCGCCACAACAACUGAUGUGGACAUCUUCUUCCAACACAUGAACAACGCUAGAUAUGUCAGAGAAUUGGACUUUGCAAGGUUUCAUUUUUACGACAGAACAGGUCUUUACGAUGAAAUCAAAAGAUCGAAAGCUCAUAUUCUACAAACUGCCUCAAAUAUAAGAUAUAGAAGAACAAUUCCAACGUUCACUCCUUAUAGAAUCACAACACAGAUAAUCGCCUGGGAAGAAAAGGCCAUGUUCAUCGAGCAACGUUUCGUCACGUUCGAUGGCUUCAUCAGGGCGAUCGUACUCAGCAGACAAGGAACAAUCGGACUAAAUGUACCUGAGGUUAUGGCUAAACUUACUGGCAAAGACGUCUCCUAUAGGCCAGUACCACCACCAGAACUAGAAGACUGGCUCAAAUCGAUAGAAAAAUCCAGCAAAAGGUUAAAGAAAAAAGACUGAAUUUUCGAAAUUAUUAUUCGAAUGUGUGUAACAAAAGUUUGUUGAUUUUGGUGAGAUGGAAAUACAUUGGUUUCGAUUA